AUUACAGGGGGUACAAUGUGCGUUCAAAGACUCGAUGAUUCACUGAAUUCUGCAAUUGACAUUAAUUAUCGCAUUUCACUGCGUUCCUCAUCGAUGCCGGAACCAAGAGAUCCAUUGAUGAAAGUUUUAACUGAUGGCGAUACAAUCGACUCAGACGACAAAACUUCAGACAGUGUUCACGUAGGUGUCUCCGGCGGGCGCUAUCUUCUCUGCACUAUCUAA